CAAAUUUUCAAUUCAAAAACAAAAACGUUGAGAUCAAGAAUUCCUUGUUGAAAUGGAUAAAUACCUCAAAUCUACCAAUAAUUGGAACGAAGAUAAACUCAACGAUGCAAUAAGGAAGAGGAUUCAGUUUUAUAAAGAAGAAAAUGCAAAAUUCGAAACAACAUUCAGUCAUUGUAAAUUACUACAUGAAUCUUCUUCCAGUUCGAAUUGGGACUUGGAUUGGGAUAUGCACAAAGAAAUCGAUCGGCUUGGUACAGUUCUAGAACAUUUUGACAUCACUGAAUUUGAUGCUACAGCACUGGCUAUGGCAUAUAUUGAGCAAAAAUCAAAUGAUAACAAUUAUAUUAUAGAAAAAUUGAAAAAUGACACAAAACUCUACAUUGGUCUAAAUGAUGAAAUCUUGAAAGAUAUCGAGAGAUUAUCAAGGGAUUUGAAAGAAGCUAAAGAAAAAAUUCACAGUGCCUUUGAGCUGUCUAAUGAUGAUAUCUUUGUACUAGAGAAAAAAAUUUCUGCCUAUGAAAAUGAACUUGCCAAAUUUGAAAAAAAACAUUCUUGGUUAAAGAACCCUCAGCUUGAUUUAACACAUAUAGCUAAAGAAGCCCAAACUUUGGCAAGUAUGCAGGAGGAAAGAGAAGCUUUAGAAAAGGAAUUAAAUAUAUAUCAGGGUUUACAACCUGAUUUGCAGGAAGCUUCUCAUCAGCUUUCAGUAGUAAAGAAACAAUACCAGGAAAUGAAAGAUAAAUUUCAUUCAAGUGUUUGACAUUAAUAAGAAUGCAUAUUACCACUUUUGCCAAUGCAAUUACAUUAAGAAAAUAAACAAUUACAAAAUAA